UGUAAGACUUGAUAAUAUAUCAACCUACUCUCUUCUCCUUCUUCCUCUUUUCCUCCCCUUCCCUAAAAAUAUGCAGCAUUUAUUUGCCUUAAUCCCUAUUAAUAAAUAAUAAUUUAAUUUCGUUAACGUACGCACAGGCUGCGCAGGAUAUGGAACCGCCUUCAUUUGUAUCGAAAGCAAGGACAGCCUUCCAUUCAGCUGCUGCUAAAGCGGAGCGGGUUUUUACUGAUAUUAAAUCCGACCUCAUUUCUGAUCGAUCAGAUUCUGAUAAGCAGUCGCCGGGAGAAUCAAGAAAUCAAUUUGACGAUGAGACUGUUAAGAUUGAAGGCGAGUCAAAGAGUAACAAUGAAGGGAAGCCUAUGAAAUGGAGGCCUUCAAGUAUAGUGACAAAGCACGAGUGGCAAGAUAAGUUCAAGAACAUAAGAAUAGGGAAGAAAGGAGCUGAAAAUCAGACAGUUGAAAAUUCGACAAUGGCUGUUCCAUUUUAUGAUGAGAAUCUGUAUAUAUUGAACAUGAAAAAUGAUGCCGAGGCAAAGGGUUCACAAGUGUCUGUCAUAGCUGAAAGAUUACAUGCAACCAACCCAGAUAACAUUCCUUCAACAUCUGUCAUGAAGCAACUGGCUAUAGGCAUUGAUGCUGGGAAGAGACAAAAGGCUAUGAAAGAUCUUUUGGCUUCAUCUGGAAGCUCUUCGCCCAUUCUGGAGAGGGCAAGCAUGAGUCUUGCUGCGAUGAAGUCAUUAGUGCUUCGUGACAAGGAGGAUAAGCUUGCUUCUGAAUUUGGUGGUGAUGAUGAAAAAGUUUUGUCCUUGAUAACUUCUAUGUUUGAUGCAGAGGGAAAGUUUCUCAGAAGAAACAUCAACUAUGGUUUGGAAGAAUCUUCUUUGCCUAGAGAUAUUCAUGGCUGUCCUCCUGAAUGCUUGCUGGUUAAGUUAUCUGAAGUAAUUGGAAGCUUUAAGACUCUGCGGAAAAUGGCACUGUUGUGGUGCAAAAUUGUGGCUGAACUGAGGAGACUUUGGUCUGAAGAGCUACAUAUACCUGGCAUUCCUUUGGAUGAUCUUCCAGAUUUAAAUUCCUGUCUAUUAUACCAGCAAUUUCAAGUUAUCAAUUGCUGUGUCUCGAGGAAACGACGUCACAUGCUUGCCACCGAGUCACUAGAAUCGGUAAUGAGAGACGCUGGUUCAGCUUCCGAAGAGCCAGCUAUUCCUAAUGAGAAUGUCAGUUCAAAUGGUAUCUUAUAUGCUAGAUUAUGCAAUGGGGAACUUGUUCUUCGUCUAGGUGCUGAUCACCCAUCUGACAAUUUAACCAUACUGGAAACCGGUGAACCUAUAUACUCUCCAGUUACACAGGAAGGGCCUUUGCUUACUGAAGAUCUUAUCAAAGAAAAUGAGGAGUUUGUGCUUCGAACUGGGAGUGUUGGUGCUGGAUGUUCGCAACUCCUCUCUGACAUGCAGGCCUUCAAGGCUGCAAAUCCUGGCUGUAUCUUGGAAGACUUUGUAAGAUGGCACUCUCCGCCAGACUGGACAGAAAGUGGUGAAGCGAAUGAAUUUUUUGAUGGAGGCGAUUUAUCUUCCACAAAAGGUCAACUGAGCAGUCGAAUGCAAAAGGAAGGUAACUUGUGGCGUGAACUUUGGGAAACAUCCAAAGCAGUACCAGCUGUUAAACAGGCUCCCCUAUACGAUGAGGAUUUGGCGGUUGACAGUAUUCUACAUGACUUGGAGGACAUUCCUCCUGCUGAGCUGUUCGAACAAUUAUUUGUUUCUUUGCUUGGUUUAGGACUUGUUAUGGCCGAGGCCAGACUCCCAGGUGACAACGAUGCGUCAAAGCUGUUUAAUGAGUGCAAGGACUACAUUGUCUUAACUUGCCAGGGAAAGAGCUGGAAUGAGAAAGUGGAUGAUAUCUGUCAGGUGUAUGAAACAGUGGAAAAAAUAUUAGUAAAUCCUGAAGAAGUUCUAAGGGCAGUAAAGCAGACAGAAGAAACCACGGCAACAGGCGGCAGUGAACCCAGACGCCUACUGAAGAAGCUUGGGCUGAACUUUGGAAGCAAAGACAGAAACCUGAGAAAGCCAUCACCUAGAGAUGAUAAGUCAGAUGGGCAACCAUUCUCUGCCUUCUUUGAUGGUAAAUCGUCCUUGUUUUCUAAGAAACCUCCUAAGCCUGAGAGUGCAUUGGUAGGUGAUAAAACACCUUGUCCAGAUGAUAAUGAUUGGACUCUUGUUUAAACAUUAUACAUAACGCCCCUUUUUUGUUUUUUUUUCUUAACUUUUUUUUUCUUUUUUUGGGGGUGAAGCUGUAUCUUGCAGGAAAUUGUAAAUUAUUGUGGAAUUCAUUCCAUUUGUAAGUCCAAAAGAAAUAGAAAAUGAAAUAUAGUGCUUUUGUCUC